CUGGAGUUUCGUCCAGAAGUCCUUUGAAUUUGAAGUUACAAGGGUUCUGGUCAGAAUCUUCUGGGAAGCUUUGCAUGGUUGGGAGAGGCUUUGUUUACUCGAAAGAAGGAAUGAAAGUGAAAAGGAGUUUGUACGAAAGUUGCUAUGCAGGCCUGCAAGGAAUAAUACAUACGAGGAGUAAUAGGUACCUGAUUCUUUCUUGUUGCUCCUCGUAGCUUAGUUUGACUAUGCAGAAAGUUUCAACUCUUCCUUAACCUUCAUGCUGUCUUUAUGUGUGCUACACUACAAAUGAGAAUUAAAGAGUCUUUUGAAUGCAAGAUUGGGCGGACUGAUCCAAGCAUCACUUCAGUUGUACCGGCAAAAUGUUCAAUAAGACAGAUUUGUACACACAUGUAUUUCUUUCUGUUCAUUAGUUUCUCAGCAGCCACCGUCUCAUCUGCUGAGAAUGUUGUUGAAGUAUCCAGUGAGAGUGAGCCUGAAGUCUCUUAUUCUGAUUAUUGCUCUUCAGUUGUCCCCGAGUCAAUCGCCAACUCCAAAACUUACAGUGACAGCUUUGGGCCUUUUGAUGAGCACAACACUGGUUAUUACAUUGGUGGCAACAGAAUUCUUGACCCAAAGAUCACCAGAAUCUCAAAUUUAUUGUCAUUUGAAACGAGAUAUGUCCAUCAAACCAAUGCAGAUGAUGUGUCCAAGAUUAAAGGGAGCUUGACACUUUACAGACCAUAUCAUCUGCGAAGUCCAUUCAUUUUGAAGCUACAUGGGUUCUGGUCAGAAUCUUCUGGGAAGCUUUGUAUGAGAGUCUAA